AUGACUUCUGAGGAAUCAGUGACUUCCAGGAAAGACUGGAUGACAACCAGGAAUAGAUUGGUGACAACUGGAGAGACAGUGGACAUCCAGGAGAGACUGGAAUUGGGUGAGGCCUAUACAGAGACAGCUCAGUGUGUUUGCGGGAAAAUCUGUAAGAAUGCCAGGGGUCUCAAGAUACACCGGUCUAGGAAGGGUUGUCAGCCUGAUCCGGAGCAGAGACAGUGCACAGACUUGUCUGGUGAGACACAGGAGGACCACAGCCAGGAAGAACACCACAGUGCUGAGGAUCUCCACGAAUCUGAGGUGGAACAGGUGGAUAAGCCUACAAGACCAGAACAUGAUCUUGGUAGCCAGGGCAGUCAUACAGAUGACAGACUAGACCGCAUCAAAUGGCCAGCUAUGAACGAGAAACAGUGGAAGGAGUUUGAUGAGGAUGUAGAUGGCAUCGUGGUACAGGUGUUACUUGGAACAGUAGAAAGGAAACUGCGGAGUAUGUGUAGACUGAUAUAUGCAGUCGAGAAGGAAAGAUUUGGGGUGACACCAUCGGAAAGGAAGCAGACUACAGUCGCCAAGAACAGACGGCAGAUAGAAAUAGAGAAGUUGAGGAAGGACCUUCGCAACUUGGGGAACCAGUACAGACAGGCAUCAGAGCUAGAGAAAAUUGGCCUACAGGAACUACGAGACAACACCAGACGCAGACUUCAAGACCUGAGGAAAGCGGAAAGGAUACGAAAAGCUAGAAGGGAGAAGGCCAGACAAAGAUCACGAUUUCUUUCCAAUCCCUAUGGUUUUAGCAAGGAUAUCCUUGAAGAGAAGAAAGCGGGACAGCUGAAUUGUUCUAAAGAGGAGGUUGAAGAGCAUCUGAAGAACACGCACUCUGAUCAGGCGAGACAUAUGCGGAUGGAGGGACAUGAACGCAUAGCCCCAGUACCCAUGCCCAUUGUUGCAUUUACUGAGGGAGAACCAACCCUCAAGGAGGUCCAAGAUAUAAUCAAGAAGGCUAGAUCCAAGUCAACACCAGGCCCAAAUGGAAUACCUUACAAGGUGGUCUGGCGUAAAGGAGAUGUACCUGUGGAGUGGCAGCGAGCAGAAGGCAUCUUCGUCCCAAAGGAGGAGGUUUCCAAGGAUAUUGGACAGUUCCGGACAAUAUCAUUGUUGAAUGUGGAGGGCAAGAUCUUCAUGUCAGUGGUUGCCAGGCGUCUUACAACAUUCAUGACCAGUAAUGGGUACAUUGACACAUCAGCACUGAAGGGAGGUGUUCCAGGAUUCUCUGGCUGCAUUGAACACACAUGCGCUAUUAGCCAGUUAAUCAGGGAAGCUAAGAUCAACAAGACAGAUCUCACAGUUGUAUGGCUGGAUCUAGCAAAUGCGUAUGGCACAGUACCCCACCAGGUAAUAGAGUUUGCUCUGAAACACCACCAUGUACCAGAACAUAUUCAGAGCAUUGUCAGAAGCUACUACAGAAACAUCAACAUGCGCUUCACAACAAAGAACUUUACAACAUCCUGGAUACAGCUUCAGAAGGGGAUUGUAACCGGCUGCACAGUGUCAGUAGUACUGUUCAUCGCCGCUAUGAAUCUCAUCAUCAAAGCCGGAGACAGGGAGUCAAGGGGACCGAAGACCCAGACAGAUAUCAGACUUCCACCACAGAGGGGAUUUAUGGAUGAUCUGACUAUCACAACAGAGUCCCACAUACAAGCUCGGUGGAUCCUAUCAGCCCUUGAAGAUGUUGUGUCAUGGGCUAGAAUGGCCUUCAAACCAAGGAAGUCAAGAUUUCUUAUCUUGAGAAGAGGUAAAGUCUGGCAGAAGACAACACUCAGGGUACAGGGCGAGGAUAUCCCAUCACUUAUUGACAACCCCGUCAAGUGCUUGGGUAAAUGGUUUGACACCACACUGGGUGAUAGCAGAAAUAACACAGAGCGCAUCAGGCAGCAACUGAGGAAUGGGCUUGCAAAGAUAGAGGGAACAGGCCUACCAGGGAAGUUCAAGGCAUGGCUUUUCCAGCAUGGCCUCCUGCCCCGUCUUCUGUGGCCACUAAUGUUGUAUGAGAUCCCAACAUCGACGGUUGAUAGCUUGGAAAGCAUGAUAAACAAGAGCCUGAGACGAUGGUUCGGACUUCCAUCAUGUAUGACAAGUAUUGGACUCUACAACAGAACCGGAAUGUUGCAGCUCCCUCUUUCAUCAAUUGUAGAGGAGUACACAGUUAGUAAGGCAAGGCUCGUGUUGACCCUACGAGACUCUAGUGACAUGAGCAUUAGAAAUGCAGGGAUAGAGGUCAGAACUGGAAGAAGAUGGUCAGCAUCGAAUGCAGUUGAGCAGGCAGAGAGUCGACUGAGACAUCAAGACAUAGUGGGAACAAGUUGUCAAGGUAGACAGGGACUCGGCUUGAACACUAGACAACCGUGGAGUUCAGCCACAACAGUCCAAAGAAGAGAACUUGUCCAGAGCGAAAUCCGAAAGGAAGAAGAAGAGAUAAGAAAGGUGAAAGCAGUCCAGAUGGGGAGCCAGGGAAGCUGGACAAAGUGGCAGACAACAGGGAGGAAACUGUCAUGGACAGAUAUCUGGAAGUACCAGUUUUUUCAACUGCAGUUCCUGAUCCGGGCAGUUUAUGAUGUCUUGCCAACACCGGCGAAUCUCCAGAGAUGGGGGCUGAUAGAAACAGCAGAAUGCACCCUAUGUGGAGGAAGAGCUACCCUGGACCACAUCUUGUCCUCGUGUAAGGAAGCACUUGCCCAGGGGAGAUACCGCUGGAGACAUGACCAGGUACUCCGAGAGGUAGCGGAUACACUUGAGAGACACAAGAAGAAGGCACGAGUACAUGCAGGGGCAAAGCACAUCAACUUUGUACCAGCAGGGACAGUAAUGAAGGGUACAAAGGGAGGACAUCCGAGUAUCCUAGACGGCACAAAUGACUGGGAACUACGGGCAGAUCUUAUGAAACAGCUGCAGUUUCCAGACAUUGUCCACACUACCCUACGCCCAGACAUUGUGAUGGUCUCCGGAAAGACAAAGAAGAUCAUCCUGGUAGAGCUGACUGUUCCGUGGGAAGAAAGAUGUACUCAGGCACAUGAGAGAAAGAAGGCCAAGUACGAAGAUCUCGUCCAGGAAUGUAGAGAGGCCGGGUGGAGAGCAUGGAACUACCCGAUUGAAGUGGGAUGCAGAGGGUUUCCUGCACCAUCGCUGGGAAAGAUGUUCCAUGAUAUGGGAAUAGAGGGACAGGCGAGAAAGCUGGCCAUUAAGAAGGUAUCACAGGCAGCAGAAAGAAGCUCCAGCUGGCUGUGGCUAAGGAGGAACGCCAGUAGCUGGAAGCCAUCCACUAAUGGGUAG